AUGGCCUCAUUAAGACAAAAUGAUAAUCAAAAUAUUGAAGAUGAAACAAUCACUUCAAGAGAAAAAGUAUCAACAACAACAACAACAGUCAAUGAAAUUUCAUUAAGAAAUAAACCAUUAAAGAAAUGUUUUUUACCACCACCGACGAUUCUUGAUAAUAUUAUCAAAACGAAAAAACGAAAAAAUAAUAUCGGAGAAAAAUAUUUAUUUCAAAAUUAUUCUCAUCAAUAUGAAAACAAAAACAAUAUAAAGUAA